AUGGAGGACCCGCGGCGAUCCUCGCCGGAAAAUCCAGACCUGGGUCCGUACCUGUUGAAAUUGGCUCGAGACACGGCGGCGUCUGGCGGAGAGGCGACCAAAGCCUUAGACUAUGCCCUCCGUGCUUCUAGAAGCUUCGAGAAAUCCGCGGCGGCCGGUGCUGAUCUGGCGAGCAGCCUCCACUUAGUCGCCGCUAUAUACUGCAGGAUGGGGAAGAUGGACGCGGCGGUGGCUGCGCUUGAUAAGGCGAUCGUCGUCGGAAAACGUGCGAACCACUCGCCGGUGGUGUUUUCCGGCUAUAUGCAGCUCGGCGACACGUGUUCGAUGCUCGGACAGUCCGAUCGAGCCAUCGAUUGCUAUAAACAAGGAUUGAAGAUUCAGAUGGAGAUUUUUGGGAACGACGAUCCACGAAUCGCACACACAUGCAGAUAUUUAGCAGAGGCUCACAUGCAAGCCAUGCAAUUCGACGAAGCCGACAAAUUAUGCUUGAAAGCACUCGAGAUCCACCGCGUCCACACCCUGCCGGCGUCUCCCGAGGAGGCCGGCGACCGCCGCCUAAUGGCGCUAAUCCGCGAGGCUAAAGGCGAUCACGAAUCCGCAUUGGAACACCUCGUGCUCGCGAGCAUGAUCAUGAUCGCGAACGGGAACGAGACCGAAAUUGCCACAAUCGAUCUCAGCAUAGGAAAUAUUUACUCGUCUCUCGCCCGCUACGACGAGGCCGUCUUCGCCUACCAAAAAGCCCUCACCAUCUUCAAAUCCUCCCGCGGCGACGCCCACUCCUCCGUCGCCGCGGUCUUCAUCCGCCUCGCUGACCUAUAUCACAAGAUCGGGAAGCCCCGCGAGUCGCAUUCGUAUUGCGAAAACGCCCUUAGAAUAUACGAAAAUCCCCCAGCUGGGGAAACCACAUCGGCCGAGGAGGUUGCGAGCGGAAUGGUCGAACUUUCGACCAUUUACGAGGCGUUUGGCGAACACGAGCGAGCGUUGAGGCUUCUUCGAAAGGCGAGGAAUUUGAUGGCCGAUAGGCCGGGACAAAGGAGCACUGCGGCCGGAAUCGAGGCACGGAUCGGCAUGAUGCUUUAUACUAUUGGGAGGUAUGGAGAAUCAAGAAGGUCGUUCGAAAGUGCCGUGGUGAAGCUUAGAAACUCUGGGGAGAAAAAAUCGGCGUAUUUUGGGGUCGUGUUGAAUCAAAUGGGUUUGGCUUGUAUUCGACUUUUCGAGAUCAAGGAAGCCGUCGAGGUAUUCGAGGAAGCUCGGGAAACGCUCGAACGGGAGCGCGGCCCGUGCCAUCCGGACACUCUCGGCGUCUAUAGCAAUCUUGCGGCCACUUAUGACGCAAUGGGAAGAAUUGGAGAAUCGAUAGAGAUUUUAAAGUACGUUCUGAAGCUAAGAGAGGAGAAGCUUGGGACGGCCAAUCCCGACUUUGACGAGGAAAGGAAAAGGUUGGCGGAGUUGUUGAAAGAAUCGGGCAAGUCGUGGAACAAGAAGACGAAGUCGCUCGGAAACCUCUUUAAUCCGAAUCGGACGAGGGCCGAGAAUCGGAGGAUGACGAUGUUGCCGGGUGCUUUUGAAGCAAGGAAUAUAUAAUACUCUCACAUUUUCAUUUUAAUUAAU